CUGCCGUCAAAUGAUAAAGAACAAACUUUUGGACCUCGGUGUUUGUGUGAUGUAGCGUUCGACCUGCUUUCGAAGGAAGAUGGGUUGCUUGGAGUCAAGGGCAUCUAGCCAUGGUACGCAUGGCAGAAUCCCUCCGAAGCCGACGGAGGGCCUGGAUGAUGACGACUUGGGCUGGUUAACUGGAGGUGACAAGUCUCCAGUCACACCUGCUCGGGCUUUGGCCUCCACAAACAGGAAUUCGGGAUACAGGGAAGAUGCGCCUUUGACGGUUCGCGUACAAAUUGAGCUGGAGGGUGGAUGGAAAGACUGCUCAACUGACGAGAUGCGGGCGAUAUGCCGACAGUUGGCAAAGGGUGAAGUUGUAUUUCAGAUCCACGCGCGUGGACAGAACUACCAAGUCGAUUUUUCCCGUGCAGAGGGAGGAGGAACUCAAACAAAUAUCAGCACAGGGAAAGCGCGGAGACUUCGAAUCUUAGAUGCAGGUGAAGAAGAGCCUGUUCCUGAGGAGGAUGUCGCGGUUGGAUCGGGUGAUGCACCCGAAUCUACUCCUGCACCUGGGGCUGAUGAGGGUGCUGAUGCACUGGGCAUGAUGGAUGCAGCAGCCAGUGCGCCCGUCUCACCGGAAGUUGCGUUGCAGAAGUCGUAUGGUCCGCAGAGCAAACGUGGCGGUGCUUCGAUGCACCCCUACAAGGUUCUGGAGGGCAACGAACAUGCAAAGAAAUGCUUCGCCAAGUUCGAAGAGAACGAAGCGAGGCUUUGCGGUGAAUGGGCAGUCUUCUACCACUCGUACUCUUUUGCUGCUUUAAUCUAUGAAGUACAUGCCGCUGUUGGUAGUGUGCUUUUCCGCUUUCGGUCACAGUAUGCGACCCUUCCUCGGAUCCUCAUGCAUGAGUUCAAAGAGACGCCGGAUAUUAGCUAUUUGAUGAAAAGGUUCAACGAAGAAUUUGCUGAAAACAAGCGGGACCAUCAUCCGGAUUUCCGCAGGGUUGGACUGUCUGUGAUGUGUUCCUUGGCAUCAACUGGACCCGAGGCCUGUGUGGCAAUGGUCUUUAUUGCAGGUUAUAGCUGCAAAGACUUGUCCUUUCGCAGUGUCUUGGAGAAUCUAUUAGAGAGUUGCUAUGUCCCGAGGGCCAAGGUGCGGAAAUUGGCAGAUGAGAUCAUUGCGAUGUCUGAGAAGCAUGGCCUGGACGUGUCGCAGUUCGGUGGCAAGGCGUGCCAAAGUGGCAAGGCUGGUCACUUGAUGCAGCUUUUCAUCAAACGUAAGCUCGUGGACAAGUUGGUUUAUGCUGCAAAGCCCUAUGGGCCUGUGGAUGAAGAGAGGAUGCCCAUCUCCCAAUGGUUGGAUAGCAACAAGUCGACCCAGGUCGGUCAGGCUCGUGUGCUAGCGCACCCCAAGUACUUCAUGCAGGCGAACUGUGUCCGGAUGUUCGUCGCCAGCGCUGAUCCAACAUUUCACAGGAACAGACAAGCUUUUCAGGAUGAGCUUAUCAGGAAGUUGAGCCUCAUCUUAGCAGAACCAUCCUUGCGAGAGCGUGCGGCCACAGGGAUUUAUGGCGGCAUGUUGCCUUCAUGGUGGACUGCUGAAGAUCAAAGAAAGCAUGCUUGAGCUGCUUGGGUCCUUUCAUUUUGCAUCAUGCCCUUGGAAAUCAAUUCCAUUUGCUUUGUUGCGACAAGGAUAAAUAGACCCGGGAUUCAGUGUCAUUUGAUUUCACCAUGGGCAAAGAGCCCUUGUUAAUGCUUUUAGGGCCGGCUAAAAGCCACAGCUGAAGCUAAGAAGCCAAGCUUUUGCCCUCUUCCCUAUGAAGCUGCAACCUAGGGAUGCCCAAGACCAUCUGACACUUUGGGCGGCACAAUGCCGAGAGGUGACCAGUGACAGAUGUGUAAAGAUGAGUCAGGGCAAGUCUUGCGCUCGCAUGAAACAUAGAGCAGAUUCUGCUUCUGACUCUCCCCAGCGUGCAGGGUUGGGCCGC